UCCCCUCGCUCUGUGCAUCGUCGUCUCAGAAGGUGGGCAGCCCCAGCCACACUGCAUCUGCAGAGCCCGGGUAGCAAAAUUGCAGGCAAGAGGCAGAGAGCUCUUAGAGCGGAGGGCGCAGGCAGGCGAGCGGGAGCAGAGACCAGAAGGCUAGGAAGCAGACUGGGAGGCAGGGUGGCAAGCUAGGGAUCUCCCGCUCGAGACAGCCCCGAAGCGCUCUCCUCGCCGCCGCCGCCGCCGCCGCCGCCGCCGCUGCCGCCGCCACCACCGCCGCGUCGCAGGUCCUCGUGUCUGUACGGUUCGGGCGGCACGAUGUUGGCGCACAGGUGGAUCGGAAUCCUGGCUGCGCUGGCGCUGCUUUGUCUCGCCGGCCGCGCGCAAAGCGAAACUUCUGCGAACAUGACUCAGGUCAAAGAGAUCGUGGACCGCCUGCUGAAGGGCUACGAUGUCCGUCUCCGACCUGAUUUUGGAGGAAACCCUGUCACCGUGGGCAUGAGCAUCCACAUCUCAAGCAUUGACCAGAUUUCGGAAGUCAACAUGCCUCUAUCCUGCUCGUUCCAAUGGAAGCCCAGCUCCUCUUUGGUGUCUGUCCCCAGUAGAGAAAGCCUGUGUUCCUGCAUGGCAAUGAAGCUCAUGUCCAUUGGCCUUCCCCUCCAAGAGGACUACACUAUCACCAUGUAUUUCCAGCAGAGCUGGAGGGACAAGCGCCUGGCAUACAGCGAUUUUGAUUUCAACCUGACUUUGGACAACCGUGUGGCUGAUCAGCUGUGGCUCCCUGACACCUACUUUCUGAAUGACAAGAAAUCCUUCCUGCAUGGAGUGACUGUGAAGAACCGCAUGAUCCGUCUCCAUCCCGAUGGAACAGUCCUUUAUGGCCUCAGAAUCACCACCACUGCUGCCUGCAUGAUGGAUCUGCGAAGAUACCCCCUGGACCAGCAGAACUGCACUCUUGAAAUUGAAAGCUAUGGCUACACCGUUGAUGACAUUGUGUUCUACUGGCAAGGUAAUGACUCGGCUGUGACUGGGAUGGAUACGUUGGAGCUGCCUCAGUUUACCAUCAUGGAACAAAGACUGGUUACCCGAGAAGUGGUGUUUACCACAGGUUCAUACCUGCGUUUGUCACUGAGUUUCCGGAUCAAGAGAAACAUCGGCUACUUCAUCCUGCAGACUUACAUGCCCUCUGUUCUCAUCACCAUCCUGUCCUGGGUCUCCUUCUGGAUCAAUUAUGAUGCUUCUGCUGCCAGGGUGGCUCUAGGUGUAACUACAGUGCUCACCAUGACCACCAUCAACACUCACCUGAGGGAGACCCUUCCCAAGAUCCCAUACGUCAAGGCAAUCGACAUCUAUCUCAUGGGAUGCUUUGUCUUUGUGUUCCUGGCUCUUCUCGAAUAUGCCUUUGUUAAUUACAUCUUCUUUGGACGUGGUCCCAGUGAGCAGAGCAGACAGGCCCAGGCCGGCAAAUGCUCCCAGUCUCAGGGAAAGCGAGGCAAAGGGCGCAGAGGACCUCAGGUGGAUGCCCAUGGCAACAUUGCCUUGAGUGUUCUGGAAAUUACCAAUGAGAUGGAGGAAUCCGAAACUGGCAUUUCUGGAGCAUCCAUUGAUGUCUCUGGGCUUCAGCUCUGCAGGGGGGUGAUUUCUCAGUCUGCCCUUAACCAGCCAAUGGAGCCAGCCAUCAGCCCUCUUGGAGGUCGCCGCCGCCGCCGCAGCUCUGGGUGCCGCCACCGUGGUGGCCGCCUCCGCCGCCGUUCCUCCAAGCUGAAGCUCAGAAUGCCCACCCUGAAUGAUGUCAGCGUGGUCGAUAAGUGGUCUCGACUUGUUUUUCCUGUCACCUUUGCCUUCUUCAACCUCUUUUAUUGGCUGUACUAUGUCAAUUAAGUUCUAUGACCUUUCGGGAAAGAUAAUUAGGCAGCAGGACCCGGGCACUGUGGUCUUUUUCACUUUGCUUUUUCCUUUUGAUUCCAUUUUCUUCCCUUCUUUCUUCUUCCAUUAUUUGGUUCAUUAGUUUGGUUCUAGGUUUCUCUUACUGGCCUUCGCCGAGUUGAUCCCUGCUGUGGUACUUUCCAUGUAGUAGGCACUUGUUAAAGAUCAACUCUGAGGACCAGGGCAAGGGAAGUUUUGACUUUUCCAGAACAUUCAAGUUAAGAAAAAUUUGUUUUUUACUUCUUCCAUCUUUUCUUCAUCUAGUUCCUGAGUGGGACACCUAUAGAGUUCCCCAGCUGGACUCUCUGAUUUUUCGGCAGGGAAAUUGGUGAGCAUCUGUCUCCUAAACAGUCAGGAAAUGGGGACAACAUCCACUGGUAUAAGAAUUAGCUGGAGAUUUGACCUAAAGGUUUGUAGGGAGCAGACUUGAGUUUGGAGAAGGGAGGGGUAGUUGUAAGGCUGGAAAGAGGUCUGAUGUUGGAAUUUACUGGAGUGACCAAUGGUGUUGUCCCCUCUCCCUACUGCCCCACAACCCAAGUCACAAUGAGAGUAGGCAGGGGCCCCUAGCCUGCCCCAGUCAGCUCCCAGAGUGGCGUGGGCCUCCUCUGCAGGCAGCAAGUUUGGCGGAAGGAUUGAGUUAAGAGGGAAGCUAUGACAGCCAUCUAGCUGAUCCUCACUCAGCCUAGUAGGAACCAAAAUGAGAGGACCAAGGGGAAUAAAAGCAGACAAAAGCUCAUCUAUUUCUUUGAAUUAAGGCUAGCUUUGUAUUCUCUUCCUGCCUGCUGUGGGAUAGUUAAUCAGCCAGUUUUCUUAUCCCCAGCAUCUGAGAGUCCACCUCCCACCCUCCAAAAUAGACCUCAUGAAUAAUGACUUGGAAAAAAGUGAAAAAUUCUAACAACCUUUUCAGCAUUACCACACAUUCUGUUUCCCAGUGCCCUGGUAAAACUAAAAAGGCGUCUUAAUGAACAUCCCAGAUGUAAUUUGAAAAAAAAAUGUAACUCAGAGGUGGAUGCCUCUGCUCAAUACAUAGUACUUAAUGUGGCUUUCACCUGUCAAAUUCAACUUUCCCGAAGUACUGAUAUUUUAAAGCAGAAUUCCUUAAGCAAGUACCUUUUUUGAGAGUAACCAUUAUCUUAUGUUCUAAGCCCUGCCUGGCAAAGGCCAUAAGCCAGGUGGUGAUCGCUCGUACUUCGAGAUGGCCUCUGCAUUUUGCUUUUCCUUCUCUCCUCUUCUUCUAUCAAUAUUUUACUCCCUCUGGUCCCUCUGCCACACCAGAAGAGACGAUCAAAAAAAUGUCAGCUCCUUCCCCGCAUAAUGGAUCGGGGCUUUGCUAAGGAGCAUCCUAAGGGUGGUAGGCAACUGCUGCCCUAUAGGAGCUGAGAUUAGAACCAAGGCCUCCCUCCCCCCCGGCCAAAUGGUCAUCUCGGCAUAAGGCAUUAUUACAAGGUGCUCCUUCCACCCCGUUCUCAAGUUGAGUGCAUUAUAUAUAGGGGUUUCUUUUUGUAUUCCAGCACUCUUUGGGGGUGGAUCAUCUUUGCUCUUCUCUGUGGCCCCCUUAUUUCUAUUUUUAAGCAGAGGUGAUAAACCCUGCGUGGGCCUCUAUCCCCGAGGCAGGGACCAAACCCUUAAGAGGAGAGAACAAUCCCUUCCCCACUGUGUAUCGUGCUUUCUACUUGUCGAAGUGUUUUUUACAUGCUUGAUUGUAUUUAAUCAACCUUUUGAUCAUAAUACACAUUUUAAAGAUUAUAACAUUUUGAGGCUAGACGGGAAAACCAAAGUCUCACAGGAAGUUGGAGGCAGAGCCAAUAGCAGAACCCAGUUAGGCUUUGUGACUCCCAGUCUAGAGCUGAUUCCAUCAUCUCUGCUGCCCCCACUGAGCAACAGCAGCAGGACCUGCAGGACACCUGUGACUUGGCCCCUAGGAACUCUUGAGUGGGAUGAGCUGGUAUCAGAGCUAGACGUGAGCUCUGGGGGGUGCUAGGUAAGCUCAAAGUCAGCAGGAAUCUGAGGGUGGUAGGAUAGAAAUGGUAGGGGUUCAAAAAACCAAUAAGUAACAUCUGGGCAUUCAGACCAAUGGCAAUGGCAGGAAUCUUGACCUGGAUUAGCCACAAUUAUAACAAAAUAACAGGAUCUACAAAUGAAGCUCCACCUAAGAGCAUUUGGCAAGAUUUUUCCUUCAAGCUAGUCUAAAACUGAACUUCUUGACUUCAGGGGCAAAAGUGAAUAUGCUAUUCAAAAUGGCAACACGGCAUUGGAGGCCUUAUCAACCCUCCUGGCUCCCCAGUCUUCUUGGCCCCAAACCACUUGCUCCCAUCUCCCUGUCUGUUCAGCGCUCACGAGGCUCCCCCUUACCAUGCUGUAUAUACUUCCUCAGCUAUCUAACCCACAACCCUCCCCUCUACCCCUGCUUUAGCUACAGAUCUCUCCCCACCUUCCAGGUUUGGUUCCCUUUCUUACAUGCAGCUGUAUGUAAAGAUCUACUUGACCUUCUCAUUGAGUGGGUCUGAAUUCACCCCCACUUCUCUGCCUUGUAUGUCUGUGUGUGUGUGUGUGUGUGUAUCACUAGUGUCAAGGUGACUGACUGUACUUGUGUGCUUAUGUAGUGUGUGCCUAUGUCCUUGAGUCAGUGUCUAUGUAUGUGAGAGACUGUCUAUUCACCACGCACAUUUGUGUGUGAUAGUGCGUGUGUCUAUAUCUGCCAUGCACCUUUAUCUUUGUGUGUAUGUAUAUGUAUGAUAGAGAGAAAAUGUGUGUCUGUCUACCAUGCACCUUCAUGUGUGUGAGUGUGUAAGAGAAAGUCUGUGUAUAUGUGUGAGUGUGUACAUGUGUGAGAGUGUUUGAAAGUGUGAGUGGAUGUGAAAGUUUGUGUGAGAGAGAGAAAGUGUGUGUGAGUGUGUGUGUCUGUCUUUCUGUCUGUGCCGGAGUGCCACUCCAUGUCUGGCAUGUGAGAAGGAGUGUAUGCAUCCACUUUGGAAUGAUGUGAUCCAUCUGGGAUCACACCAUUCAGUCCAUGUACCGGUAUGUGUCUGCUGUCUGUGGAUGUCUGCUAGAAUGACUGUGAGAAUGAGUGUGCCUGAGAUCAUGUGUCUGUAAUCAGCACUUCUUGAACUAGGGACCACACAUGUAUUCUCCCAAACUGACAGAAAUCUCUGUCACUUUUUUACAGAAGUCUUUUCUGGUGCACUAUCUGUCUGUUGAAGAGGGUGUGGCUGAAGUUCCUCACCCUGCAUGUGCUCAGUGGAAGCCUAGUUCAGGAUUUGAGGCCAGGUCUUCAUCUGGCUUGAGAAGCCAGUGCAGAAACCCCUAGCUGCCCAGGGCAUAAAAAGUGAUUGGUCUUUGGAAGGAUGGGACUGAAAAAGAACAUGAGGAACAGAUUUGAUUGAAGCACUGAUGACUCAAACCAAUGGGCUUUCGGUUUCCUGGCAUCCAACCAGGAAGAGGUACGGCUGCCAUUGGUGUUCCCAACACACUGACAAGGUUGUGGCUGAGCAGACUGACCAGGAGAAGCAGGCACUAUUUUCAGAUUGUCUCACACUUAGAGGUUUCUAACCUGGGUCAAAGAGAGCCAAGUCUCACUGUAGGUGGUAUAGAGCUUCCUUGCUAUGUGUGCAUGUAUAUGGACAGCAGAAAUGACAGCACCAAUAGCUCCAGUCUUUCAAAUAAGCAGGGUCUCUUGCCACUGCUUGAUCCUUUUUCAUCCUAGAUAGACUCCCAUCUCGUCCCCGCAGAGGCAUCCCUAGGGCCAAUAGUGGGACCAUUUCCAAUAAUCCAGACCUCUCUCCUUGGCAAAACGGGCUGCACCUUGGACACUAACCAGGGUUCUCAGGAUUGAGUUUAUGCUCUCUGACUGAGAGAGGCAGGAAGUCAAAAUGAGGAGGGGGAAGAGGGGUUAGAACUCGAGAUAUGUCCUAAAUGGGAGUGGAGUUGGUUGAUGGCCCCAAUGAAGCAUCUGGUAGGCAAAACUGGGAUUUCAUUUAAGCCAUGGAGAAUAAGGACAUGUCGUCGUCAUGUUACUAAGGCUCCAGUCGCAGUGCUGGACAGGAAGUCUAUGGUUCAUAGAUAGGAUAGGUCUGGGGGUCAGAGACUGAUACCCUCUGCUGAGGUGUGUGGCCUCAAUCUCCCUGCUCACAGACAGCUUAAGACAGAUAUGCUUUUCUGUACCCAAAUGGGAGCCACCAAUCUAGAAGACAGAGGCACAGGACUCUAAAUGAGUCCUUUCACUUGGGUCUUGCUGAGUCCCAGAUGGAGAGCUCAGAGGACUAAAAGGCAUGAAAGCCAGAGAUGGAAGGAAGUGACUAGAUUGGGUGGUCAGAAGAUACUUAGAGAAAUAAAAGUCAGAAGGGGAGAGAACCUUGAAGUUACAUUGAAAAGACAUAACAAAGAGCAUGGAGAGGAGGUAGGCAAAGCCCUAGAGAAGGGGUUGUGUAUAUAGUCCCCUUAAAUAAGUCUCUAAUUUUUGUUUUCUUGUUGUAAGCCAAAUAAACAUGAGGUUGUGUGCUGAGGUUAGUGGAGCAGCCCCAUACUGAGUAAUGCACUAAGAAAAAAGGCACCCUGAGUCUUCUGACUCAGCUAUGGAUGACCUUUGUCUCCCCUAACAGGAGACGAGGACACGGUGGCAGAGAAUGGCAUUUUGGGGACGUGCUUUCACCUGCCAGGCCUGGUGGCCUUUUGAGCAGCUUUUUUUGACUUUUGUGCUGUGUGUACACCUUUACACCUGUGGGGACAUUGUCUAAAGGGCCAAGGACAGAAAUAGAGGUGAGCAGCAGUUCAAGUGCACCAGGAAACUGGCUAACUCAUGAAACGCUCGGUCUCUGUUUCUGUCUCUGUCUCUGUCACUCUCUUAGUCUAUCAUACUCCCCCCCCUAAAAAAAAUCUGCGCGGUGCACACACACACACACACACACACACACACACACAUUCUCUUGCUUGCCUACUCAUUGGCUUAUACAUAUGCAUAGUGCAGUAAAUCAGUAAAUGCCCCUUUCAUUUUCAUGACCUAGCCUCAAAUUAAUCUAAGGCAGCUAAAAUCUAUAAAACACUCAAAAAGCAUCAAAGGAAAAUCUGCUUAAGUGGCAUCCUUUGCUCUGUCCCAUUCCAUAAGGAUGUGGGGAGGGCAAGAGCCCUGCGACUGGCUGCUCAAAGUCAGCCUGUUCAGUCACCUUUAAAAGCAAAACAGAUUUGCCAUAUUGGCCACUCCUGAGAUCCUAGAUCUGGUUACCACUGGAGGGGCGGGGUGAGAAAAGAUGGUUCUUUGGAACCUAGAGACAGAGACAGUGCCCCUGCCGCUGGUCACUGAGUCCCUCACCCCAUCUUCUUGAGGUUGGGGAAUAGGGCUUAAGUUGGAAGCAAAAAGGAGCCUCAGGGUUUUUUCCCUUUUGUUUUUUAGGUUGAAUAUUCAGGUCUUGUACCUAAUGCCCAUUUAAUUGUGGUGAACUUUAUUUAUGAACACAUGUUCAUUAAUAUGCUGGCCCUAAGUAGGGCCUAAUGAUGUGAGCAAGAUGGAGCAUAGCACUUUUUAACCUCAAAGUCAAGAAAUUCAAGACAGGAAAAAUUCCUAAGCCAAAUGCAUCUUUUCUUGAGCACUCAUGCUGUGCCAGGGAGAAAUGUAGCUAAAGAAGACUUCAACUCCACCACUGGAGAAGCUCCCAUUCCAGUAGGCGAGCUAAGGCAGUCACACAUGCAAAAAGCAUUCCAUACCCAGGACACACCAACCAAAAUCAGUGUGCCCCGUGACUCUAACAUACACCAGGGCUUUAAGGAACUUUGAAAGAAAAAGAAUCAGAUCAGAAAUGUGAUCAAAGUGAUAUUUUAAGAAAAUUACUUGAAUGGUGGAAUUUAAAAUGAAUGGGAAGAUGACAGAUCACUUUAGAUGAUAGCGUGAUGUAGCGAUCAAGAAGUUUCCUGCCCUAAAUGAAUCAUAUAGACACACUGAGCCACAUAGUACCUAAAUGAAAGGGACAUUUGGCAUUGACUGCAUAGACAGAGCCCCCUAGACUAUAUGAUUGUAUCCUAAGCUCAAAGUCAGCCAGAUUAUACAGAAGGACCAAAUCUCCCCUUCCUUUCAUGUAGCCAAGGUGGUCUUUGUCAAAACUUGCUGAACCCCAAAUGCAGUCCUACUGCUGUUCACUUGAAUGGACUCUAUACACCAUUAAGCCGGCUAGCAACCCACCUUGUCCACUCUAAGGUUGUCCAUUAUAGGGUUGCCUUCUGGACCUCCACAGCUGUGCUGGUCCCAAAGUCAGGCUAGACCCACCUCCCUGCUUAGUAACCAUAGCCAGACACCCAAAUUUCAGGGCAAAUCUGGGCCAUCCCUGGCAAAGGAAACUGGUCUUAACUCUUGGACUAACUGGCAUGCAAAAACACAGUACAUGGGAUUGAAAAGCAGUCAAAGAGGAAUUUUUUUUUACUUCUUCCUCUUCCUCCUCUUCCUCCUCUUGCCUUUCUUCUGUUUCUCUUCCAUACUCCCCUUUCUCUAGUGUGGCUGGGGCUCCAGCUUUCCCUACACACAUCAACACCCGCUUCUUCCCACCCCCAGCUAUGGAAGCAGGUGAUUUGUUAGGUUUGAAUUGAACCCAUCAGAUGUAACUGUAAAAAUCUAUUCAGUCCUCUUGCUAGUCACAAAGUAAUGUUGCCUCUGCAUAUUCCAAACUGAAUGUUGCUGAGAGAAUGGCCUUUUCCAAUGAUAUUUCCUUGUUGUGUGCAGAAAAGAAGUGAUAUGCUGGGGUAUUUAAGACAAGCUGUCUUGGAGUUACCCACCCACACUGGUAACCUAGCAGUGGAAAUAGCAGUUGCCUUUUGAAAAUGGGUGACAUGUCCUAUGGGCUGCUAUCAAAUGAGCUUUUGUCUGAGAUGCCUCUGAGAGCAGAAUCAUCCGGUGGGACUGGAGGAAAGUAACGUAUGUCAUACUGAUGAAUUCAAAUCUGAGAAUGCCACAUGUACAAAGCAUGGGCAGGGUCACUAUCAAUGAAACAUCUGCCCAAGCUGCCUGCCCUGGGGCUGUUUGGGCCUCAAGUGGCUCUAGAGGGGAUGUACCAUGUGUUGUAUCUUGCCUAAGCAAACCAUAAAGACAAGCAAGAGGGAAUGAAUGGUACAAGUUGCAAUGUCAUGGCAUGCCAUCCUACUUGGGCAUAGUCCAGACCCCGCUUGACUACUCUGAUGCCCAAAGGAGCAAAGCAGCCUGGGACAGCAAGGAAGGGUGUUGCCACCCUAAGGUGUGGAGACCAGAGAAAGGAAUCACUUGGUCUGCCCCCAGCCAAGUGACAGAAGAGGCUGCACUGCAUUGUGUUCAGUGUUACCAAAAGACAUCUACAGCAACAAGGAAUCAACACAGCCUUCUUUUCUUUUCUUUUCUUUUUUUAAUUCAUAAAACCUUAUCCUUAGUUUGCAUCUUUGCAUGAAAUAAGACCUUGCUUAUCUUUUUCACAACCUUAAUGUGUAAAAGAUAAGACAAGUCACUUAACAUUUCUAGCAAAGUGAUCCAACAUAUAUACCAUUUUGUUUAAAAAAAAAAAAAAGAAAAAAUGACAAAAUGACAAAAAAAAUUUCAGAAAGCUCACAAGUGGCCUUUGGAGCCAUUUUGUUUACUCUCCUGUGAGCAGCUGGCUGCCAUCUCCUAUUGGGUGGGGGUGGGGGGGUUUGGGGA